UCUGUUUGUUUGAAGCCGACGCGUGAGUGUGGGUGAUUGACGGCUGAAGCCCCGCCCUCUCUUCUCCUCUCAGAGCACAGCGCGCACUGGUGCUGCAGCGGUGCGUGAAUCUAUUCUGCCGCGAGGAGAGCGUUUUUCAGCACAGAAGUUUCUUUGGUCGAACCGCUCACCGGAUUCUCAAAUGAAUAGGUCUGAAGCCAUUAACCGAGGCUCACUGUGAAGACGAGGAGGAUAGCCUACUUUACCUGCUGUUUCCUCAAAGCUUUGCAAAAUGAGACUUUGGAGUUUUGUGUUACCCUUUGUCUUGUAUGCGGUGUCUGCACAGGGGGGGUCAACACUCCAGGAGCCGUGUGCAGGCCGGGACUGCAGUGGACCGUGCCCGUGUUUUCCCUUAAAGGGUGGCAGGGGGCAACCAGGAGAACUUGGACCAGUGGGCAGCGGUGGUCCUGAGGGUUUCUAUGGGGGCCCGGGACCAGUUGGGCCAAAAGCAGAGCAGGGCCAUAUAGGACGUAAAGGUCCUCCUGGACAAAAUGGAGAUAAGGGUCCAAUGGGUGUUCCUGGUUAUCCCGGUAAUGAUGGUGUUCCUGGACACCCUGGUCAGGAGGGGCCCAGGGGGCCUCCAGGUCUGGAUGGGUGUAAUGGCACACAAGGGGACACUGGUUACAGCGGCCUUGAUGGGUAUUCUGGUAUUCCUGGUUCUCCUGGAUUUCCUGGUCUAAAGGGUCAAAAAGGAGAACCAUCCUAUCUAAAUAUUCCCAGCCAAAAUAUUCUCACCCAAGGCCCUCCAGGUCCACAGGGAUACCCAGGUCCAAUUGGUCCCAGAGGUCCUGAUGGAUUUGAUGGUCUGCCUGGUCUACCUGGUCCUCCUGGACCUCCAGGAAGUCCAGGUCAAGGAUACAAAGGGGAGCCAGGAGAAAAGGGGGAUGUUGGUCCACAAGGAGUCAGGGGCAAUCCGUCCGUUCAGUUUAACGCACCAGCAAUAAGCACUAUCAACAAAGGAGAAAAGGGAGACGUGGGCCCGCCCGGGGACCCAGGCCACCCACUGGUCAAUGGAGUUGUGGAGUUUGUUGGCAUUCCAAAAGCAGACAAAGGAAUUCAGGGUGAUAAAGGCUAUGCUGGUAAUCCAGGUCUUCCUGGGAGACAAGGACCAGUAAACCCAUUUCGUUAUCCAGGCGAGGUUGGAGAAAAGGGAAUCCUUGGCUUGCCAGGCGGAAGGGGUCCCCCUGGUCUCAACGGUCCUCCUGGACUUCCUGGGAGAAAAGGCUUCACUGGGAGUGAGGGAUUUCCUGGCCAACCAGGUUUAAAUGGCCCAAAAGGCGACAUAGGAGAUCCAGGUCCUCCUGGGCCAAUUGUGGACUCUCCGGUAUUUGAAAUUAAAGGUUCUAAAGGUGAUCGUGGCUUUCCUGGAUAUCCAGGGUUUCCUGGGGAUACUGGUUAUGGAGGGCUUCCUGGUCAACCUGGUGCUCCUGGACCACCUGCUUUUUUCACAGGUCGUCCAGGUGCCCCUGGAUUCCCCGGUAGUCGUGGACCCAAAGGACAAAGAGGAAACCCAGGUCGAGAUUCCUAUGGUUCUGAAGGCCUUCCAGGAAGUCAGGGCCUUUCUGGACCACCUGGCCUACCUGGACCACCAGGCACUUCAUCAAACUUCAUCGUCACUCCACUGCCUGGGUUUCCUGGACAGCCUGGUCCAAGAGGACCUUUUGGAAGCCAAGGCAUUAAAGGGUUUAAGGGAGAAAAUGGUGACUGCAACUGUUUGGGUGGAGGAACGAUUGGUGCACAGGGCCCUCCAGGGCCUCCAGGAUUCCCAGGAUUCAUAGGACUCAAUGGUUUGAAGGGAGAAAUUGGUGACAAUGGCUACCAAGGGCUUCCUGGACCACAGGGCCCUCAAGGUCGUCGCGGUGACAGAGGUUUUAAUGGACGUAAAGGGGAGAAGGGUAACGCUUUCUUCCCUCAAGGCAAAGGACAAAAGGGUGAUUUGGGACAGCAGGGUCCUCCUGGGCCACUUGGAUUCAGCAACAGCCCUGGAAGGGAUGGAUCACCUGGCUUUCCUGGACAACCAGGUUUACCAGGGGAACCUGGUUUUGGCUUGACUGGAGAUAAAGGUUUUCCUGGUAUUCCAGGGUCCAAAGGUCGCCCAGGUGCCAGUGGCGAACCUGGUAUUGGCUAUCCAGGUGUAGCUGGGUUCAAAGGAAUGCAAGGUGAACCUGGAUUCAAUGGUCUUCCUGGUCCCCCUGGACCUCCAGGUUCUAAAGGUGACAGCUGUAGGCAGGCGGGGCUUAUUGAUGCCUCUUUGGAAGAGGGAGGAACACCACUACCCUGUAGGCUUCCUGGUAUACAAGGAGAUAAAGGAUUCCCUGGACGUCCUGGAGUGCCAGGGCCAAAGGGUCGGGUUGGUUCUGCAGGAUUGAAUGGCCGGCCAGGUUUUGAUGGUUCAAAGGGUGAAAGAGGAGAACCAGGCUCUGGGGGUCGACCAGGACCCCAAGGUUUCCCUGGUCCCAGAGGAGAUGCAGGUUUACCAGGAACAACAAAUAUUGGCUUACAAGGUUCUCCAGGACGAGAUGGGUUUCCAGGUUCACCAGGACCAAAGGGAGAACCCGGUGCGGUACUUGGGGCCACUCCUGGUGAUCUAGGUCGUCAGGGGAGACCAGGAGAGCCUGGUGACAAGGGUCAACCUGGGGUUCCUGGCUUUCCAGGGAAUCCUGGUGUUGAUGGACGCAAUGGAUUUCCUGGCAUAAAGGGUGAGCGAGGUGUGAAUGGAUUACCUGGUCCAGUAGGUCCCAUAGGUCCACCAGGCGAACUUCCUCAAGGGGGAAUACCUGGUCCCAGAGGGCCACCUGGAGCUAAAGGCUUUGAUGGGCCUCCAGGCUGCCAAGGUUUCCCGGGGCUAAAAGGCAUGAGAGGAGAUCCAGGGCCUCCAGGACCUGGUGGAAUAAAAGGUAUACAAGGAAUACCUGGCAUCCCAGGUUCGCAGGGAUUUAGGGGACCUCCUGGACCCACAGGUUUUACGGAACGUGACGGCAUACCUGGAAGACCAGGAAUAAAAGGGGAGAAAGGAUCUCUUGGGUUGUUGGGGUUCCAAGGAUUACCUGGUUCUCCUGGAAUUCCAGGAGGUCCAGGUAUUAAAGGUUUGCCUGGUUUCCGUGGACAGGAUGGCUUAAUUGGCAGAGAUGGGCCAAGAGGACCCAGAGGGGAUCGUGGUGAACCUGGUCCUCCAGGACCAUCAACUCCACCAAUUCCAGUGGAACGGCUUGUAAAGGGUGAACCAGGUGAACCAGGAAUUGUUGGAGGGCCUGGUUUCACAGGACAAAGAGGUGAUAAAGGUUUUCCAGGGCCUCCUGGACGUCCAGGAUUUCCAGGACCACCUGGCUUUGCAGACCAGGCAAAGGGUUUACCUGGCCAGCCUGGAAUCCCAGGUGUUCCUGGUUCAUCUGGCUUCCCUGGACCCAAAGGCUUUCCUGGAGUUAUGGGCUUCCCUGGCUUUUCAGGUGUGAAGGGUGAUAAUGGUGUCCCUGGGGUUCCUGGGUUCCCGGGUGCUCAAGGACCACCUGGUGCCAAAGGUGAGAAAGGUGACUCAUAUGCAUCAUCUGGACCCACUGGACCGAAGGGAAAUAUAGGAAAUUCUGGAUUCCCAGGUGGUCCAGGACGUCCUGGUGAACCAGGUGAUUCAGGAUUUCCAGGUGUCUUGGGAUAUCAAGGCCAGAAAGGCUUCCCUGGGGACCCAGGAAUACCAGGAUUUGUUGGUUCAUCAGGCCCCCCAGGCCCUAGGGGUCUCCCUGGUUAUCCAGGACUGAGGGGGCGUGAUGGAGAUCCAGGCCGUCCUGGAGGUCCAGGCUUACCAGGAGAUAAAGGUUUUCCGGGUUCACCUGGUUUAGAUGGACUCAAUGGGCUUCCAGGAUCGAGAGGGCCACCUGGAGUUCCAGGUGUGAUUGAAGGUGGUCGGGUUGGGCCGCCUGGUGUAAACGGACAAAAAGGAGAGAGAGGAACAUCACAACCUGGAGUACCUGGCCGCCCCGGAGAAAAAGGGGUCAGAGGAGACACUGGUGCUCGUGGUUUAAGAGGCUACCCUGGAAAUCCAGGCCCCCCUGGUCAACCUAGUCUUUCUAAUAUCCCAGGUCCUCUCGGAGACCCUGGACUUCCAGGAUUAGAUGGACGAGAAGGUCCCUUUGGUCCUCCUGGACUCCCUGGUCCACCAGGCCCUGGAACUGUCCAGGGAGACAGAGGAGACCCUGGGUUUCCUGGUCGUCCAGGAAUAAUAGGACCACGUGGUGAGCCAGGUGGUUUUGGAGCCCCUGGAUUACAAGGCAAUCCUGGUUUCAAAGGACAAAGAGGUGAGCCUGGCUUCAGUGGUGUGCCUGGACGACCAGGGUCUCCUGGAGAACCGGGGGAUUAUGGCAGAAGUGGACCCAGAGGUCUAAAGGGUACUUCUGGUCCUGUUGGAAAUCCAGGUUUUGUGUUCGCAAGUAACAUAACAGCCAGAAUGCCAUCUGGGGAUCCAGGCCAACCAGGGCUUGAUGGAUUUGCUGGUCAGCCAGGAAUACCAGGUCUGCCAGGCAGUCCAGGCAACCCAGGCCCCAAAGGAUUCAGAGGCCAAGUGGGUAGACUUGGUCCAGUUGGAUUAGCUGGAUCUCCUGGAUUUACUGGUGAUCCUGGUCCUUCUGGAAUCCAAGGACCCACAGGACUCCAAGGACCUCGUGGUAAACCAGGGUUGCCAGGUAUUCCUGCUCCACCGACGCGCAGCACUGGCAUUGGUUAUACUUUGGUGAAGCACAGUCAAUCCACACGGGUGCCCAUGUGUCCUGAGGGAAUGACCAGGCUCUGGGAGGGGUACAGUUUGCUCUAUGUGGAGGGACAAGAGAAAGCGCACAACCAGGACCUGGGAUUGCCCGGCUCCUGCCUGCCUCAUUUCAGCACAAUCCCCUUCCUCUACUGCACCGCCAAUGAAAUUUGCUACUAUGCAAGCCGCAAUGACAAGUCCUAUUGGCUGUCCACCACAGCGGCUAUUCCCAUGAUGCCUGUGGCAAAUCAGGAGAUUUCCCCAUACAUUAGCCGCUGCUCAGUGUGUGAAGUUCCAUCUCAACCAAUCGCUGUCCAUAGCCAAGAUCUGACCAUACCAACAUGCCCUCAGGGCUGGAGAAGUCUGUGGAUCGGUUACUCCUUCCUCAUGCACACAGGUGCAGGUGGAGAAGGAGGCGGUCAGUCACUCAUGUCUCCCGGCUCUUGUCUGGAGGAUUUUCGCGCGACUCCCUUCAUUGAGUGCAACGGCGCCCGCGGCACCUGCCACUAUUUUGCCAAUAAGUACAGUUUCUGGCUGACCACAGUGGAUGUGAAUGAACAGUUCGUCCAGGGUCCCACACAAGAGACGCUCAAAGGAGAUCAGUUCCGCUCGCGUCUCAGUCGCUGUCAAGUCUGCAUGAAGAUCUUGUAGCUUGUGUAGAUGCACUGCAGGAGAAUUAAACUAUUAGAAGAAGAGAAAGAGGGGAGGAGAAAGUAAGAAAGAAACAUCAACUGAUUGGAGUUCAUGCCCUUAAUGCACAUCAGUGGGGAUUAUGAGGGCUAAGGUGAACACAUGGAAAAUAUCGAGGAUGGGACGAAAAGAAGUGGAGAUAAUCGACAACAGUGGUGCUAUGUUGAAAAAUAUGAUGUCGCGUUUGUACGUUCAAGCUUUUUCUUUAAGUUGUUGGUCAUAUUCACGGCUACCUCAGAGAAAGAAUCCCAGAAUUCCAGUGGAUGGCACACAAUAAUACAUCUACGCCACUUUUACUGUGUAGAGAUGAAAUGCUGUCUUUAUUAACCCGUUCUUCUGCAUUUCCUUUAUAAUCUUUUGGCUUCAGUAGUCUGUAUUGGUGCUUCCUUCACAUUAAUGUUACGCAGAUCUUCUUGUUUAUGGUGUACUUCUUGAUUUCUUGAUCAUUUACUCAUCCUCCUCUUGUUUCAAACCUUUCUUCUGUUGAAUACAAAGCAAGAGAUACAAAACAUUUUUGCGAAAAAACAGCUAUUGACUUUCAUAUUAUAUAUUUUUUUGUUUUCACUAUGGAUGUCAAUGGCUGCUUCACUCUAAACUGAUCUUAUAAGGAAACGUAACUAUUCUACGUUUUGUCAAUUUAGUAUGAUUUUUCAAAGCAGGCGUGGCACCAAACACCACCGCUAAACUUAACCAGCUUAUUGAGGGAUGAACAAACAGUACUAAACUGUACGAAUGAGAUUGAAGUUUUUAAAAAGGAGGCGUGGCACCCAACAAAUUCUACUAAAUUGUACGAAUAAGAUGGUAAAAAUUCAUACAAAUUAGCCACUAAAUCAAAAAGUUCUGACAAACGCGUUGGAAUAUCCAGCCUCAUCUCACAAGUAAUUCAAUUCAUUUCACCUUUAUUUGUAUAGCGCAUUUACAAUGUAGAUUGUGUCAAAGAAGCUUCACAUAAAAGAAUUUAGUAAAUUGAACAGUGUAGUUCAGUUUUUAAAGUUUAAGUUCAGUUCAGUUUAGCUCAGUUCAGUGUGGUUUAAUAACCACUACUGAGAGUCCAAACACUGAAGAGCAAAUCCAUCGAUUCGCAGCUCUACAGAUCCCGAAUCAUGCAAGCCAGUGGCGACAGUGGCGAGGAAAAAAUAUAUAUAUAAUUGGCGAAAGUGAAGAAAAAAAACCUCGAGAGAACCAAGAUCAGAUGGGUUCCAUUUCUCCAUUGGCCAAACGUCUUGUGCAGAGCUGCAGUCUAAGUACUGGAGGCUGGAAGCUGGGCCUCAGCGAGGACUUGUCUGUCCCUGGAGCGUCACACAAGUCUCAUGCUCUCCACAUGACCAACACAGAAAAAUAAACGUAACUAUUUUCUAUUUCGUCAGUCUAGAGACUAAUUCGUACAAAUAAAUACAAGUUCAGUUGUUUGAAAAUGAACAAUUUUGAAAAAAGGAGACAUGGCACCCAACAAAUCCUAUUAAAUUGUACGAAUGCGAUCCUACGAAUUUAUACGAGUUAGCCACUAAAUCAAAAAGUCACGACAUGCUUUUAAAAUAUCCAGCCUCAUCUCACAAGUGAAAUUAUUUUACGUUUUGUCAGUUUAGAGACUAAUUCGUACAAAUUCACACGAGUUCAGUCAUUUAAAAAUGUACGAUUUUAAAAAGGACACGUGGCACCCGACAAAUUUUUUUAAAUCAAAAAGUUAUGAGAUACGCAUUUGAAUAUCCAGCCUCAUCUCAUGAGGAAACGUAACUAUUUAACUUUUUGUCAGUUUAGUGGCUAAUUUAUACAAAUUCAUAUGAGUUCAGUCGUGCGAAAAUGUACAAUUUUAAAAAGAAGGUGUGGCACCCAACAAAUUCUUCUAAAUUAUAUGAAUGAGACCAUACAAAUUGAUACGAAAUAGCCACCAAAUCAAAAAGUUACGAUUUGCCAUGAGAUUGUGUUGGAGUAUCAUGUUUUGUGUUCAGCAGAAGAAACAAAUCACUUGAGAGUGAGUAAAUAAUGAGUACAUUUUCAUUUUGAGCUAACUAUUCCUUGAAUGAGCGAGAUUGUGCCUCAUGGCUGUCACUUGAAUUAGUAAAACCCCAUAAAUAUCUUACAUAUACAUAUCCUAUAUAUAUAUAUAUAGGAUAUUCAUAAAUAUAGGAUAUAUAUUUAUGUAUAUGAAUUGCACUGAAGUUAAAGUAAAAAAGUUACACUUCUAUCACAUGAUCAUAUGCCACUGAUCUAAAUCCAUCUAGUUCACAGGUAGUUUGUUCACUGAGAUAAGUUGAUAUCAUUUUCAGGUUUGAGAAACUCUCAAACAUCCACCAAGCAUAAAUAGUGAGAAUAUUAAUACCUUACAGAUCAUCCUUUCCUCAUUUUAAGGUACGUAUUUCAUACCACAAUUCAUUGCAUGACCAAAAAAGUGUAUAUUGUUAUAGUCAAGUGUCAUUUCCUUUUUAUUUUAAAUGUCUAAUUUACUUUGUGCAUUGAAAGUGUUAAAGAUUUGAAUUAGCCAGUCUCUUAGAGAGACGGGUUUACGCUUAACCACUAUGAUCACUACGCUUUCAGUCUCUCAAUGGUAGCCCUGAGUAUACAUGUACAAUUUUUCUGUUUCUGUUGCAUUGGUUAGAUUAUUGUUUAUUAAUUUCACCCCUUUGAUAGAAAGAUGUACAGUACAAUUAAGUACAUGUAAUAUAGGGAAAGGUUUAACAGUGUUUCUCCACUUAACAUAUGUUGCUUUUAGUUCUUUUCUAAAAUAAAAAUAUAUACAGUAUAUGUACAUUUGUGAAGAUUGGCUGUCACAAAGUGAGCAAUUUGCUUUUGUUUUUUACUGCUUUAAGACAAAAAAAAGACAGAUGUAUGAUUUCAGAGCCCAGUACAUUUUAAUAAUUGAGCAUUUAGAAUUUUAAAAUGAAUUCAGACAGUAAAUGAAAAAAAAACAAGAAUGAGAUUUUCCAGUAUUUCAUAUAGUGGUGUAAAUGUUUAAUCUGAAUGCUCACAAUGAGUACAUGUAUGAAACCUGUCAAAUAAAAGUAUUCAGACUUUUAA